AAGGACGGAACAGGAAAGUUAUAUAGCAAUAAAUGUUUUGCAGAGUAUGAGAAAAGGCGAUUGUGUUGGAUAGCUACACACGAAUGGUGAAAUAAAGGAUGAACGCCAUUAUACAACUGCAAUUAUCCUGUGAAAGAUAUUCCCAUCAAUGAAAAAAAUAAGAAUAAUAGCCAUUUCCAUGUAGGGUCAAUGACAAACUGAAUUCAGUAGUGUUGUUUUCGAGAAGCAUCCGGGAGUGCGCCCGCUCCCACGGUUAUCUGGCGGCCUUGGUGCCACCUGCCCCGCCGCGCUGGCCUGACACAGACAAUGUGAUUGAUUUGUUUGUGAAAUAUUAGACACAUAUGUUUUAUCAAGUGCAGCAACGAUACAUAUAAAUGCCAAUACAGAUUAGUUCCUCAUAUUUACCUGUUGGCCAGCCGCUCAGAGCAGACAUCGAUUGCAUGGCAUCAGACCACCGCUGACGACGGACAGACUGCUCUGCUGUGUCACUGCUGAACGACCUCCCUCCCCCCCCUCCCCUCCGUACCUUGCUGUUGCUGCUGCUUCUGCUUGUAUAAGCGUGCGAGUCGUCAACCCGCCCGCCAGAACCCACUCAUCAUGGGAGGAAGCUCGCUCCUCAGUGUGUUGGUGCUGCUGGCGGUGGCAUGGCUCGGAGUGGCGCGAGCUGCAAGCCUCAACCGCACCGUCGUUUUCUUGUUUAAAGAGACCGAAAGUGGACAAGAUUUGUUUAUUCGGGGCGGCAUCGACAGCGCCCAGCGGCCAGGCUGUACCGAUGACGCUGAGACGGACCCGUGUGCCAUCGACAUGAUCACUCACUCUUUAGGGACAAUCAGUCACUACGAAUCGUACAACUCCUGGCGCGUUGGGGACACCCGCCUGGACUGGAUGGGCGCCCAGGCAGGCCAGGGCAACUACAACGGCCUGUUAGCUUCGGGCACACCUCUGGCCUGGACUACCAACAACGUCCUCAGUCCCGCCUUCCAAGAGCUGAACACCUUUGGGGACCACUACUGGAUGGUCGAUAUGGGCUUGGACUGCUCUCAGGCUGAAGAGGGAUGGUUUGAGAUCAAGGCUAUCGUUACCAGCGCUGGGGACGUCUGGGAAGGGGACAUCACACAGACUGCCUGUUCGGGGACGGGCGGCGGCACUGCCCCGUACACCAGCGCCAACCACCUCGGCCGCUGCGGGUACGUCAACAUCUUCACAUUUGACUCGUCCCUCUGCGUGAUCGACACCUUCCCGUAGGCUGAGCAGCAUUCCAAAAUACAAGACAGUUUGGGAAUGUCCAUCCUUCGUACUCCUGAUAACCUACAGGAUACAUCACCUCGUCUCCAAGGAAUAGCAUUGUAGCUACAGUGUUUCGAUUGAUGCAGUGUUUUUUGUAAGACUUUUCACAUUUGGGACUUAUUACUAAAGUUUUAAGAAAUGGAUGUAAUCAGCUAUAGGUGUGGACAUCUUUUGGAAUAUGUUAGACUUAAUUACUUAAAUUAACUUCGUAGUUAGGAGGAUACAACGAUGGAAGUAUGCGUAGUGAGGCCUCAUGUGGUUCAUUUAAGUGAAUCGAAUGUUCGUCUUCUGCUUCACUGGCCCAGCUCACCACGCCCGGGGCAACUAAUGGUGGGGUUGGUUGUUUCGUAACUCCACAGGUCUGCUGGACUCCUUUACAAACCACGAAUUACCACGGACGGUUGUUCCAGCAUGUAUUAACCUCCUUCCUUGGAUUUCAGCAACAAAACACGACCAGAGAAAAAAGUGUACAUCCACAAUCUCCUUUCCUUCAGUGAUUGGUGACACUAAUAAAAUUUAAAUCUAUCCUUA